AUGUUCCAGGCCUGGUGUGUAACUGGAAACUGUUUUAGUUUACAAAAAGAACAUGACACUGCAAUCAAAUUUUUCCAACGAGCCAUACAGAUUGACAGUGGGUUUGCUUAUGCGUACACACUUCUAGGUCAUGAGUAUGUUUUUACUGAGGAGUUGGACAAAGCUAUGUCAUGUUUUAGGAACGCUAUUCGGGUAGAUCCCAGGCAUUAUAACGCAUGGUAUGGUGUGGGGAUGAUUUACCAGAAGCAGGAGAAAUUUAGUCUGGCCGAGGUUCACUUUAGAAAGGCUCUGAGUAUUAACCCAAAAAGUCCAGCCCUGCUGUGUCAUAUAGGAGUGGUUCAACAUGCACAGCAGAAAUCAGAAAAGGCAUUGAUAACACUGAACAACGCUAUCUCUAUAGAACCUAAGAAUCCCCUAUGUAGAUUCCACAGAGCUUCAAUCCUAUUCUCCAGUGAUAAACAUAAGGAGGCCUUGACUGAACUAGAGCAUUUAAAACAGAUCGUCCCCAAAGAAUCUCUUGUGUACUUCCUGAUUGGAAAGGUUCACAAAAAGCUGGGAAACACCCACCUGGCCCUGAUGAACUUUUCCUGGGCUAUGGAGCUGGAUCCCAAGGGAAUAAACAACCAAAUCAAGGAGGCCAUUGAUAAACGAUACGCCACAGACGAGGACGAGGCAUCCUCACAGAUAGAUGAUUCAGUUUUAUUACCAAUGGAGGAGCAUGUGGAUGAGGCCUCGGGAGAAUUUCAGUUACAUGCCACAGAGAGCGAUACAGAGAGCUUAUGAUAAUCCCUAGUAAUAACAUUAGUCUGAAAGAGUGUGCUUAUAUUUAUAGACAAGACGAUGUGAUACAAGCAUUUUAUUGUCACUUCAGAUAGGUUUUAGAUGAGGAGGGAUGGAGAUUGACAUUAGAUUGUGGCUAUUAUAAUUCGUGUUCCAUGCCAAACGUUCUGUGAUGCUGAUCUGAUGUUGCACGUUUAAUUAGCUAUUUUAUGUGUGCCAUGUAGGCAAUUAUGUAUUGUGUUUUAGUGAUAAAAGUAUACUUGUGUAAGGACACAAGUAUUCUAUAAAAAUCAUGUGAUUUAUCAUGUCAGUUUGAGGAAUACACCAGACAAUAAAUUUAUGAAUGUGAA